ACACAGGUAGACCACGCUUUUUCUCCGAUCACAUUUGAAGUAAAAGCGGCCAUACUAUUUUUAUUGUUCAACCAUAACAUGUUGUCACCACAUGUAAAGCUUUGGUGGUGUGCAUCAUGUCUGUCUGUACUGCUCCUUGGCGUUGGCCUGGCAAAACCAAGACAGAAGGACGUGGUUGUGAUUGGCGCUGGAGUUGCCGGAGCAACUGUUGCUAGGCAGCUGGCGAAUGACCCCCAGGAACGCUAUCAUGUGACCUUGUUGGAAGGUAGAGAGAAUCGGAUUGGAGGACGUUUAUGGACAGAUCGGUCCAGCAGUGAUGCUCUGGGUACAGAAGGGGAUCUUGGGGGAGCCUUGUUAGAUAUCACAGAUGUCCAUGGUCCAUUUUAUAAACUGUUAAAGCGUUUUGAGCUGACACUUAUCAAGACAGGCUCACUGGAGAUCCGUUCAGCAGAGCGUACAGAGGUUGAGAGUGGGGGAGAACUGGAUACAGCCGUACAAUACCUCAUUGAAAAGAUUCAAACAGCCAUCAUAGAGAAGCAAGCUGUAGAGGAUUUCUCCAUACAAGAAGCCCUGGACUUCUCAGCAAGCCGCAUACCCCUCCCAGACAAGGACUUGUGGGAGGUGAUUCUCAAGGCCAUGGUGGAGCCAGCGUUUGGUGCUCCCUUGAGCAAUCUAUCUGUGAACAUGCUGGAGGUAGAGAGACUGGCAAUGGCUCACUUCAUCCGCGAGGGCAUGGACGAAAUUGUCAACAGAUUAGUUUCUGGCUGGGAUUCAGAAACACCUUUGGACGUGGAAUUGGGGAAAGUUGUUCGCCAAGUGCAAGUUGAUCAGAAAAAACGCAAAGUUAAGAUCCGAACAACUGAUCGCAAGUCUAUUACAGCUGAUGUGGUUGUCGUAGCAGUUCCUCUUGGCGUGCUGAAAAAUGGAGACAUUUUCUUUGAUCCACCCCUUUCUGUAGAACGUAAAAAUGCCAUUAAUAAAAUGGGUUUCGGUCGCCUGAAUAAGGUAAUCCUUCGUUUUGAGAACAUGUUUUGGCCCGAGGAGCCAGGGAUGUUCGCCAGUACGGCUGACGUUCUCAAAACGAAAAACCCAUUGGUAUCAUCAUGGAUCAAUGGCUACCGGCUGACGGAAACUAACGCCCUGGUGGGAUACGUCACAGGGGACGCGGCUGAGCGAAUGGAGGGUAUGGAGGAAGAUCAGCUAAAGGAAGAAGCUCUCAAAUCUCUGGCAUACAUCUUCGGCCAUCAGCUGGUAAAGAGGCAGAAAGUUGUUUCUAUGCAGAGGUCCUCCUGGCUGAGUGAUCCGCUCUCUGGAGGAAGUGCUUCUUACUAUGCUGUUGGAAACACACAGGAGAUGAGGAGACAGUUACUGCGACCAGUUUGUCCGUAUCUGUACUUCGCCGGAGAACACGCCACUAUGGAAAAGCCGGGCUGCGCAGAAGGGGCCUUCCUGUCGGGGUUAAAGGUGGCGGAAGAGAUCAUGAACGGUUGCCAUGACGAUGACACCAUUAAGAGGAAACAGAAGCCUCGUGAGGAGUUGUGAUGGUGAUGAUGAUGACAAAAGUGCUUUGAUCUUUUGCAGUAUUUUAACAUAUUAUAUAGGGCCUCAUUAACAAAUAGUCAUCAAUACAUUUUUCAUGAUUUUACCCAUAAUUCACAUGUCAUAAUGGCAUUUUCAUAGAAAACUUUGAAACACAAAAUUUUUAAAAAAUUAAACAAAACAAGGGAACAAAACUAAAUUGGUAGUCAUUGUAUUUAAAUGCAAUUCUUGUCAUUUUCUGUCACAUUCCACCAAAUUUUAAAUCAGAGUUGUUUUUUUUU